GUUACAUAUCUUCUAAACCAUGGGACCCCAAUUCGACUACUGCCUGCGAGCGACCAAUAAUCCAUCGUACUUCGCGUUUUCUGACAAAGAUGUUGCUGACAGUACCACCCUUCAAGCAUCAGCACCAGAACAGUACUCCAGGUCUGCGCCAGCUCGUGCUUGGGCCGAUGGUGGUCGACCCUUAAGCUCUCCACGAAGGCGUGAACCUGAAAGUCCUAGGAGAAAAGAAUUCCGAGCCCUUUUAAGAUCUCUAUCUGCCAAGGAACCCGAGCAAGCUGAAGCAUUCCUCAAAGGUCAACCUAGACCAGGAGAUUGUGCACCUGGUGAUAUGAGGCAUACAUUUACUGCACCAAGAAUUAAGAAAGGGAAAAUCAGUUCAAAAGUUGUCACAUCGGAUGGUACUAAGGAACAUGAAGAAGUUUUCUAUACAAUACCCUUACAAGGGCGUAGACGGCACUCAGUGGGAGGGUACUUAGCUACUGGUACCGCAGGAACAGGAGAAGUCACUACUGUACCCAGUGAAGUACCUAAAAUGCCACCCCCACGAUUUAACCAAGUUGAAGAUGAGACUGUCAAGCGGAGACGUCCGAAAAAUUUUCAAUUUAAAGAAAUGGAAGAUAUAGCUAUUUUAUGGAGUUCGGGUUCACCAGAAAGUGCACUAUGGUCAGAUUAUCUUGUGGCUAGCUUUGAUAAAAUUAUGUCUCAACGAGCGAGGCACCACUACAGAGUCACGCCUAUAACCGCAGAAGAACUCAUGUCUUCUGAUUCUCAAGAAAAACUGGACAAACUCUCUAAAGCUCAAUUACAAAUAGUAAUAUUGUGUCCUAUUCUUGCUACGAAAUUGUCUGAUCUGAAGAGAGAACUGAAUUCUGAGAAUCUGUUCAAAGUCGACAAAGUGUUAGUUAUGCUUCUUGGGGUCGAAAAGAAUAACGUAGUAGCUAAUUAUAGUGAAGAUUAUCCGUCGAUAGACCAGUGGCAGAUGAUGUUGGUGAGGGAAAAGGACACCUCAUUCGUAGACACAUUCCUGACUGCUGCCGUUGGCAUCCUUAGAACCAAAGACUGUAAAGACACUGCCACAGAUAGAACUAGUUUCUCCAUUGUACCAAAAAAAGUGAAAAUAGGUCAAAGUCGAGUGAUAGCGCUCCUCAACGACCCCAUUAGAGAAGAAGAUAGUAUAAAGAUAAUGGUCGACAAAAAAGGCGAGGUCAUUCAAAUACCGACGUUCAAAAAGAGGAAUCCUUACACAUUACAAUUUGAUAUACCAGAAUCUUGUUUAGAAGUAUCGAUGUUAGUUUGGGUUCGAAUAAGCAAGAAUGGUCAGUCAUUAGGAAGGCGUCAAAUUAAGUGCGAAAGUCGUUUGAGAGAGUUAGAUCAACUAUUAAGAGCCUCAGACCAUCCUUUAGAAUUUAUGUGCCAGACAUUAGGUUUUAAGACUACGAGUAGGGAGCAACUCGACAGCUGGAUGUUAAAUGCAUUUCAAAAGAAUAUCCCUCCGCAUUUCAAUCUUCUCUCAUCAACCGAACAGUACAAUCCAAAAUCCGAUAUGACGAGCGGCGAGGAGUACCCGACGCUGCUGCACUGGGCGGCGCGCUUCGGGCUGGAGCGCGUGUGCUGGCAGCUGCUGGAGUGCCCGGGCGGCGGCGCGGCCGUGGCGCUGCGCAACUGCCGGCGCCGCACGCCCGCCGACCUGGCGCGCGACCACCACCACCUGCGCCUGGCCGACGUGCUGCAGGACCACCUCAAAAUAAAUGAAUUCUCCAACAUGUACUACUAUUUAAAAAAUAUGUCGGAUGACAAAGAAGAUCCUAGAGACGAAGACGAGAGGCAAGAGGAAUUGUGUAUUGUGGAAAAUGCUGACACGGUUGACACAGUUGACUCACCAAGCGAGGAUAAUAUAAAAGAACAGGAAAAAGACUCUUUACCUGAUCCGUUUAGUGAAGUUUGCACUAAAAAUUUAGAAAAAACUCCCGUUAAGAAUGACGAGAAAAAACACCGGCCAAACUUAAAAUUGCCAAAAGUAAAGGAGCAAUUUUACCAAAAUGAUUUUCAAAUUCAUACCAACACUGUAGAUAGAAUUCAACAGGCAAUAGACCACGACUAUCUUGUGCAGCCAUCCAACAUAAAAGUCGAAAGCCCUAAAUUUCGACCAAAUAAUUUAUACGCAAACAGUUCCAGACUGUUGCCGCAGCAGAGUGAUAUUUUCCUUUACUCUCCCACCGAAGAAUCAAAGACUUUUACUAUUGACACCCCAACGAGUGAUAUUAGUCAAGUAAAUUUAAAUAUUAAAGAAAGCCGGAAUAGCGGUAGUAUAAAGUCAGGCAAAGACGCGACGGGGCAAGAAGAGUUAGCAGAAAUAAUUACGGAUUUCAAAAACAAUGUUUUUACUAUUUCUGAAGUCGAAAAACUGGUCAUGGAGUGGAGAAACAGAAAUGAAACACAACAAUCUCUCAAAGAAAAACAAGAGCAGUUGAAUAAGAUGCGCGAAGAGUAUGACAAAAUACAGCAGAAAAUUAAAGAUAAUAUGAAAAGACCGACACCCUUCGAAAGAGUUAAGAAAAUGUUUUCGAAGAGUAAAAGUAAACAUCAUGAUAACACUGGAACUAUUGAGAAAAGAAAUGGAAAUACGAGACCGAAUAGCAGUUUAAGUGACAGCUCCUCAUCGUCUGGGCGUCUUAGCACGGUGAGUGGCGGCAGCGUCGGAGAAACUAACAGUGUCCAAUCUGAAUUAGACGAUAAAACCAGAUCCAUGAUAUCAACAAGUACUUUGACAAUGAAUUCAUGUGACGGCGAGAAUCGUCUCGACGACUACUUGAUUCCGCCGCCGCCGCGACCCCUCAACGGAUGUCCUCAAUUUACUACGUUCGGACAUCCUAAGCACGAAAAUAGAAGCCAACAUAUGGCGACGAUCGUUGAAAGAGAAGCUUCUGCAUCGAGAGAACGAUUAGACUGUGAUACGGACACAAGUUCCACACACUUGAGACUUAACUUUGGCGCGCGCGAUAAACUUGUCGCAAGUCGCUGCGACGAUCGAGACGGUGCACACAUGUACAUGAAUAUUUCAGCUUCACACACAUAGAUACAGUCAAAUAUAGUAUAGCAGCUGUUACCACUGUAUCCAUGCUUUAUAUAAAAUCUAAUCAUUCCUGGUU